AUGGAUUCUGAGAGCAAAUCGCACGGCCAUAGCAAUGCGGCGGUCGCCGACGUCAACAACACACUCCCGGUUGACCAGCACAAUGUCGCCAUCAACGCAUCAGGUCAUGUACAGGCACUGGAGCGGAAUUUCAGUCUCCUCUCCCUGGCUGGCGUCGGCCUCGUCGUUGGCAACGUUUGGCCAGCGGUGGGCGGCUCCAUCCUCGUCGCUAUCUUCAACGGCGGGCCCCCGGGCGUGCUCUACGAGUUCGUCGCUGUGUCCGUCUGCUACUGGACCGUCGCCGCCAGCAUUGCGGAGCUAGCGAGCGCCAUUCCUUCGUCCGCGGGCGUGUACCAUUUUGCGUCCGUCACGCCUGGCCGCCGAUGGGGACGCGUGAUUGGUUUCUUCGCCGGAUGGUGGAAUUACCUGGCUUGGAUCCUCGGCGCAGCCAGCAUGGCGUCGAUUUUUGGUAACACGGUCGUGCAGAUGUACGCCCUCAACCACGCGGGGUUUGAAGCGAAGCCCUGGCACGUCUUCAUCGUCUACAUCAUCGCCACGUGGAUCGCCUGCGCCAUGGUGUGUCUGGCCAAUGGCGCCAUGCCUCGGAUCAAUGAUUUUGGAGUCUUUGCGAUCUUGGCCGGCUUUCUUAUCACCGUCAUCGUUGUCGCUGUCAUGCCUGGCCACGACGGACGGCCGCCUCAUGCCUCCUCCUCCUUUGUCUGGACCGAGUGGACCGCCGACAUCGGAUACCCCAACGGAUUCGUCUUCGUUGCCGGCAUGCUUAACGGAGCUUUCAGCGUUGGUGCUGUUGAUGCGACAACUCACUUGGCAGAGGAGAUCCCGAACCCCCAGCGCAACGUUCCCAUCGCCGUGGGACUGCAAAUGAGCAUCGGGUUCAUCACCGGCUUCUGCUAUCUGGUCGCCGUCAUGUACGCCAUCAAUGACUACGACGCCCUCUUCGAGUCUCCGUAUCCCAUUGCCGAAAUUUACCGCCAGGCCACCGGAUCUGCUGCCGGCGCGACUGGUCUGCUCGCCUUGGUACUCGUCUGCAUUGGUUUGACACUGAUAGGAUUGUACAUCACUUGUGGCCGUACACUUUGGGCGCUCGCUCGUGACGGGGCCAGCCCCAGACCCGGCGUUUUUGGAAGAGUGAAUUCCAGACUGGGAAUGCCAGUGUGGUCUACCAUUUUUUCCGCUGUGUUAGUAUCAAUCCUUGGGGCAAUCUAUGUUGGCAGCACUACCGCUUUCAACGCCUUUGUUGGAAGUUUCAUUCUUCUUUCCAGCAGCUCCUAUCUUGCCGCUAUCUUGCCCAACCUCCUGGCAGGAAGGACUCGGGUCGCUUACGGGCCGUUUCGUAUGCGUGGAUGGAUCGGCUUUGCCGUCAAUGGCUUUGCCUGCGCAUACAUGCUGGUUUGGUUUGUCAUCUACUCUUUCCCUUACGCGCUCCCUACAGAUGCACAGUCCAUGAACUAUGCAUGUCUGAUUUGGGGAGGCUUCACUAUCUUGGUUGCCUUGUGGUGGCUGAUGGGGGCUAGAAAGGGGUACGAAGGCCCGACGACAACGGGGGGCAUCGUGACAGAAACGGAAGUCGGCACAGGGUCUCACCAUCUUGCAAAAUGA